AUUGCAGGGUUCCGUUAAUGGACAAGUAACAGGCAUCUCUUGUCUCACUUUUUUUUUUAGGUGGCUUGGGCCUGGCCUGCCCCUGAAACGAGAGGGGGGGGAGGGACUCUUAGAAAAAUCGGUUGGGGGGGCUACACAAGUGAGAAACUAAAUAAAUGAAACUCUCAUUGACCUGGCCCCGAACUGAGAAGGAGGGGAAAAAAGACACUAGCUUCACUCCCCUCGAGCUCUAGUCCCAUGGAGGCGGGAAAGGAGAGAAGAGGGGGUGCUGCGGUUCAGGGCUCAUCCCAAGGCUGGCUUAACUCUUCUAUGGGUAUGGGACUAGAAGAUUUUUGUAAGUGUUCUGAGCAGUCGUUUUGAAAGUGUACAGGUUUACCAUGUUCUUUAAAGGGAAUGUGUUAAAAAGAUGACCACUUAAUAUAUGUUUUAAGUUGUAUGUAAUCUUACAUAAAAUAUUUUCUUAUUUGCAGAGCUUGUGGACAAAUGUAUAGGUUCACGUAUUCAUAUUGUGAUGAAGAGUGAUAAAGAAAUAGUUGGCACACUCCUAGGAUUUGAUGACUUUGUCAACAUGGUAUUAGAGGAUGUUACAGAGUUUGAAAUCACACCUGAAGGAAGAAGAAUCACAAAAUUAGAUCAAAUUUUGCUAAAUGGAAAUAACAUAACAAUGCUGGUUCCUGGAGGAGAAGGACCUGAAGUGUAAAUGUAUUUGUCGUUUAUGAAGACUCUUGUUAUAUAUUUUUAUCUAAAUGGAGUGUUUUUUGUUUUUGUUUUACAUUUGAAGUUGAUAUUUGAUAAUAGGUAAAAUUUCCUGUUCAGGGAAGAUGCAUGCUAAUGGUGACUUUGUAAGUUAAAAUCAUGACUUUCUUGUGAAGACUGAUUUGCUCUUCAGAAUAAAAAAAAAAAAAACAUUUUCUGUUUGUUAAAUAUACUGUUUGGUUUUAUUGAAUGCAGUAGAAAAAAUGUUUGCAGUUAUAAUAAUCUUUAAAAAUAAAAAAAAGAAGAAAACAAGGAACUUGUGGUCACAAAGUUAAGACUGAGACAAUCUCUAACUGGCUCUGAAGCUUGCCUAGGUUCACUUACAUGGGUCAAAACAGUAACAUUCAACAGUAAGAUUAUUCCGGAUGCUUUUCCUCUUGACUUAGAGGGGAUUCCAGGUCAUUGGGUAUGAUUCCAUGUUAAUUAGAACUUUUCUAAUUAAGAAAAUGGUGCAGUCUUUAGUGCAGUGAACAAGAAAAAUGGAGAUUGGUUCUAAAGUAUGCCUCAUGCUGCUUCCCCUUUGGUCUCUUAUCGUGAAGAAAGAUAGUGACCUGCCAUUGUUCUGCACAUCUCUGCAAUAGAGGGAUUGACCUUGUCGUGUCUAACGAAUAAAUGGCCUAGUACUUGGGUGAGCAAUAAAACAGUGGCAGUUCACUAAGGAAACUUAAGACUUGCUAAAUCAAAUUCAAAAGGCACCCCACGGAUGCUGGUACUCUUGGUCUUGAGAGGAGUAAGCGAAGCCAAUGGGAGCAUUUGCUCCUGUCGACCUCCUGCUGUGGGGACCGCACCAAGCUCAGUUAAGUCAAGUAAGUUGACUUAAGGCAAGUAAGCUAUGUAUUCUGUGUAGCUGGAGUUGUGUACAUUAAAAUGAGCUUCCUGAUCUAGUGUAGACCUGGCCUACAGUAAACCAAAGUCACUGCUUGCUGGGAUCCUGGCUGAAGAUAGCUGAGGGCAACUUAGUUGAGUCUUGAAUGUGAAAGGGCCUUAUUUCAAUAUAAACACAUUAGGGAGUAUUUGCUUUGAUAGUGUGAAUUUAUUUUUUUGUCAGUUCUGACAGUUGGCCUUCUGUGUUAACCUCUUCAGUGGCUUGCUCUGCUCUUGUCCCCCCCAGCCUCUUCUAACAAUUUAAUUCUAUUUAUUGUUUUACAAAAGUGCUAGCUUUCAGUUGAUCAGAACAUUCUCUUUAUAGGCUAUUUAACACCAAAUUGUCUCUUAUUUACUAGCAGUUAAUUGUCUUCACUCCUUUUAAAUGAUACUGGCUUCUAGCCAGCAUAGUUCUUAGUCUUUUCUGUUCCUGUAGUUAAUAUCCUAGUCUUCACCUUCUUGAUAAUGAAAAUAGGCUAGGGCAAAUCAUACCUCUGAACAAUAUCUUAUUUUGAAGGAUAUCAUUACUUUUAGUCCCAAAGCUACUUACAUUCCACACAAAUUUGGACUUGCAUUGUUGACAAUUGUUUACAUUGGAAAUAAAGAACCCUGGAAACUUAGAGUUCUUUAUGGUACAUGACUGAGUCUCAGAGCAUUUUAAAAUUUGCCUGAAAUACUUUGGGUGUGCGCUCCUCAUUUAGGGUUUGGGUAACAUGCUGUGUCCCAUAUUUAGAUAUUGGCAGGUUAGGUGAUACCUUAUAGAAUCUUGUUCCAGAAUCAAGUACUAUUAAUAGUUAUCUGUAUAUCCUGGGCUUUAUUGCACUUGGUAUUUUACACAUAUGUUUAUAAACUGAACAUGCAAAUCAGACAUUUUGAGAAAGUAUAAUUAACAGAACUUGAUCCAUAGGGAGUAUUGAAUGGGAAAGGCAAUAUUUGCUCUUUUGUCAGCACAUAGAGUGAAAUGUAUUGCAGUCUAGUCUCUGCAGCUCUUGAAUGUUAUGAGAACUAAAUUGAUUAUAGCCUCAUUUCCCCCCCUCUCCCCCCCCUUUUUUUUGCUGUUUCUUACUAUUUGUAAAGAGGAAACGCUAAUAUUGUUAUCUCUGAGUGUUUUGGUAUAUCACUUUCUGAAAUCUGCAUAUGUUGUUCUUGAGAUAUUUGUACAUAUGCUCUAUGUUAAAUAUUCACAGGUUACAAGGGAGCAAACUUGGUGCUCUGGAGAGUCUUUAGCACAAAGAUGCAAGUAAUUAAAAUAUUCCACACCCA